AUGGGACGGGAAGACCAAGUAGAAGAGCGCGAGGUGCUCGAAUCAAUUUUCCCAGAAGAAAUUACAGACAUCUCUGAAACCGAGUUUAGAGUCUCAGUCGCACUAGAUAUUCCCGACGAAGAAGAUGAAGAACCUCCGACCAUGCUCCUCCAAGUGAGGUAUCCAGAAGACUACCCCGAAAAGCCGCCUCAUCUCGACAUUCUAGCUCCUCCCAAUGCCAUAGCCCACGAACAUUUCAAUGUUGCAGACGAUCGCGACCAGCUUCUCGCUAGCCUCGAUGAGACUAUCCAAGAAAACCUCGGCAUGGCAAUGAUUUUUGCCAUCGUUUCCACACUAAAGGACAAUGCCGAGCAGCUCGUCCAGGAGCGCAAGGAUGUCAUCACAAGGGCCCAUGAGGAGGCUGCCCAGGCUGCAGAGGCAGAGGAGAACAAGAAGUUUCACGGUACCCGUGUGACUCCCGAGACUUUUAUCAAGUGGCGCGAGGGCUUCAUAAAAGAGAUGGAGGAUAAGAGGCAACAGGAGGAGGACGACCGCCUGGCUGAAAUGAAGAAGGCAAGAGUCAAGGAGCCUGCUCGAUUGACGGGCAGACAGCUUUGGGAGAGAGGUCUUGCUGGCAAGGGUGAUGAUGAAGAGGAUGAUGACAUGCCCGUGGAGGGUGUUGAGAAGCUCAAGGUUGAGGCCGUAUAA